AUAUAUGACCCUGAAGUGAGCGGGUUGGUUGACCUUGUUCGCAUCAUGGAUCCUGCAGUUAUUUCCGCUCUUCAUUGUCUCGAAAGUGACCACCAAGAGCAGCUUGAUUUUGAAGAUGAAAACUUACCCCUGAACUCCUAUGGCUUAGAAUUGUCCUCCGCAAAACUCAAUAAGAGAGAUUAUGAGGAAGGUGCAGCAUCUUCCACAAGUGGUGAAAGUUCUGGAUCAAGUGAAUUUGAUGAGGGUGAAAUGAAAAGCAGUGAUGAAUCUGAAUUCAGCAAAGAUGAGGAUAGCUCCGAAGAAGGGGAAGUGCAGUCGGAAAUCGACGAGAUCGAAGUAACAUUGGAUACCGUGGUGAAAAAAAACGAAACACCAUGGGAACGUGGUCUUCGCUUAGCACGAGAGCGGUUAGAACGUGUCAAAGCCUUAAAAGCAAAAGAAAAGAAUCUUGCAGAAAAACGUAUGAAUUUACCUGUGCCAGCACCUUUAACAGAGAAAAAAUCUGACGCAUCUCUUGAAGACGAUUAUUUAUGGCCAUGUUACUAUCAGGCAUAUAUUAUUGGGCGUACAGAAUUAACUGGUCACCGGUAUCUUCCAGAAGACCUUAUUACUCCAAGUGCAGCAGAAACUGCAGAAUGGCGACGACGUGUUACAAAACACCAUCGUGGACGUGGAAAUAAUCGUCGUCGUAGUGGUAGUCAAAAUUACUCUUCUCGAUCUUCGUCGUCGUCUGUUUCCUCUUCAUCACGAAGCUCUUCGCGUAGCUCUAAUGCAUCUUCAAAUAUUUCAUCUUUGGCCUCUGUCGCUUUAUCAUGGAAAGAAACUUGUGCAAAAGCUAUGAAACCAUUCUUAAGAUCACCUAAUCGUCGGCGUAGAUAUGACAGUCGACAUUCAUCUGAUAGUAAUUCGCGUUCUUCUGAUUCUGACUCAGGAUCUGCUCGGUCUCAUUCCGCUUAUCAUACAGCCGCCAGUGGUGCCAGAUAUGGAGCUGCUGCUGCUGGUCGCAAUCGUAAUUAUUGGGGAGCUGGAAAGCAUCGUGGUCGAAAUAUUGAGUCUGGUAGAUCAUCGGCUUCAAGAUCGGAUUCUAAUUCAUCGGUUGGAUUUCGAGGUAGAACAGGUAAUCAAAUUUGGUAUGAAGGAGGACGAUUUGGUCGUCAAACAAAUCUACGUGCUGGUCGAAGAUCAAAGUCGCCUGGUUCACCACCUCGCCGUCGUACUGAUAUUCCACCUCUACCUAGUGAACGACCGGUUAAAAGACCAUGGGUUGCAGCACCAUCACUAGCUGCAGUACAGAAUUUAUCUAAGGGCGACGGACGUGAAAAAUUGCGGUCGCGAUCAUCUUCUGGUUCUCGUAGUCCUUUUGGUAAAGAUAUUGAAUCGAAACAAUUCAUCACAUCAUGGUCACGCAGCCCAUCUUCAGGCGGUGAAGCUCGUCGUGAAGUUUUACCUGAUGUUGUUCCUGCUCCACGUAUACGUGGUAAACGAAUAGCAUCACCAUUACGUAGAAAGAAAAGUCGCAGUCCAUUUGCAGAUGAUGCAAUUGGCCUAUCAGCUGUUACCAAUAGUGCUAAUAUUACUAUUACUACUACUACUAAUAAUAAUAAUCAUUGGCCACCUGUUUCAAACGAUCGAGAUUCGCAUACUGUAGAACAUAUUGAACCAGAAUUAUAUCCUAAGACAGCAAUUACUACUAAUACUGGUGUAAAUGAGAUGACCUCUAUUCAACAGACUGGAAUGACGACUGGAGGUGGUGCGGGUGAACUUCCAUCAAAUCGACCAGGUGUUCGUUUAACUUUAGCACCACGUAUGAAGCCAGCACCUGUGGGUAUCAGUUCACUGGCGAGUGCAGCACCUAAUCGCUCCACUACAAAUCGUCCACCUCCUCAACAGCCGUCAUCCCCACCACGACAGGUUCGACACCUUGGUGUUCCUGUAUUACACCGACAUACUUCACCUAUUGAUCCUAAUCAUCCGCCUGCAGUUGGUACUACUAAUAAUAUUACAAUGCCAUUGACACAAUCACAAGUUCGUUUACAAGCAGAAGCUGCAGCUGCAGCAUUAGAAAUCCGUGAAAGACGAAGAGCAGCAGCUGAAGCAGCCAACAAACACCGACGAUCACGUCGACAUAAACGAACUGAUUUAAAGAAUAUCCCCGUGCUUGGCCGACCAACUUACAGACGACAGUCAUUCUCUGCCUCCUCUGGAGCAUCUGGUAGCUCUAAUUUAUCACAUUCUUCUAGAUCACCAUCUGGAGGUCGUUCGCAUUCUGAAUCAGGUAAACCUAUUGGAGUUCGGCAUGGUUCUCCUCCAAUGGGUCGUCAAAUUCCAUCUAGACAAGAUCAAGAAGUUCGUUCAAAUGUUGCUCGUAAGCGUACACGUCAAGAAGCAGCUCAACGUCAAAGUCUUAAAGAAAUUGAUGAAAAUGCAACACGUCGACAUACAGGUCGCUCGGCUGGAGCAGUAGUGAAUAGUGUUGAUUCUCGUGAACCUAUGGACUAUGGUCGUCAUAUAAAACAAUCAGAUUUCAAUGAGCGUACUGCUCAUAGAAUGCGUGGAAUAGAUCAAUUCGGUCAUGACACAACACAGUCGCUUAAACGGCCAUAUCCUUCUGGUUAUGAUGAACCACCGGUACGUGAACGCUUAGAAAGAGAUCCACGCAUAUCUGGUACCCGUUAUCCAAAUGCCCUUAUCGAUGAACCACAUAGUAGAAAUACUAACGCUGAAACACGUCGUGUUGCUGCUGGUGGUGGUCAAACAAAAGAGAGAAUUGUUCGACCAAGAACACCGCAUGGUUUAGAAAUGAUUGAUUUCAAUCGACGUUCACCGCAUGGAGAUAUUGACCUAUUGCCGAAAAUUCUUCGUCUUGAUCGUGAACAAUAUCGUCGAGUGAAUUAUGAUAUACCAGAUAUUAGUGCUGUUGAAAAAUCAACUAUCGAUAUUGGUGGAGAUAUGAUGAUAGACAAUACUGAUGAUAAUUUCGCUGCUAAACGUGCACGUAGUCGUCAUCGUAGUAGAGGACCUGGUGGAACUAUUGACAGAUCAGAACCAUUUGAAUCGGAUACUGGAAGUUUUGCUGCAGAACAACGUUUAAGAAAACUACGUGAACGUUUAAAUCUUGUAGAUGAUGCUAUAGCUGAAAUUAAAGCUGGCACUGGAGCUGGUGUACAAUCAAAUUUUACUUUCAAUGAUAUUCGUAGAUAAUGAUGAUGAUAGUGAUAUAAAAUGCUCUAUCUCAAUGAGAUCAAUUGAGAUCACUAUGUACAUUGUUGCUGUCGUCUCUUUCCUUUUGUGCACAAAACUACACCCUCUCCUUUAAUUUUAAAAUACACACACACAACUCUUAUACUCUCUUGCUUUUCUUACUGAUGAAUUCUCUGUAUUAUUUUUUCUCUCUCUCUCCUCUGAGUUGUAUCAUAAUUUCAAAGGGAAAAUGAAAUUGCAUCUGCUUUUUUUUACAUUUUCCCUAUUUUUCUCUUAUUAAAAAAUACUUGCUUUUCUAUGGUUGUUUUAUUUUAUUUUUUAACUGAGUAGUGUUCACAUACACACAUAUGCGCACACACACAGACAGAUGGCCGCGUUGUUUACAUGUUUAACGGUGGUGGCAAUUUUAUGUCUCCCUCCGUCAAAUCAAUAAAUCUCUGUAAAGUUCAUUUUGUUGAUUAAAUUCACAUUAUGCGAAUUGUUGAUGGAUACCCUACUCCUACGACCAAUUUACGUUCUAAUAGAUAGAUAGUCACUGUGAAAUGAAACAUCUUUGUCUUGAUUCUGUCAUUAUUGUUUUUUUGUUGUUGUCUUUGCAGGAAUUAAUUGAUCUGUGAUGUACAAUAUGCAUACACUAACCAUCUUUGAUCACAGAUGUGUGUUUGUGUUCUGCCUUUCGUGUUUUUUUCCCUUCACGUUCCCUGGUGGAACAUAGGGCUUGAAGUUUCUGUAGCAGUGUUUAUUUUUAUAGGAUGGGGUUGCUAGUCUCAUGCCCAACCUUUCCUCUUUACCAGCUUUUAUUUCUGGUUUAGCAAGGUUAAGGACUUCGUCAGCCGGAGAUCAAACCCCGGACUAUAUACAUGGUCGGCGAGCGUCCUAACCGCUAUGCC